CACUUGGGAGUCGUGAGACUCCGUGUUUCUUACAGCUGCAUUAAUAAAAUAGAAUUAGACAGAGACGGAGCGAAACAAAGUGAAAGGAAAAGUUUGAAGAGCACGUUGCGUGUUGUUUCAGGCGAUGGCGGUGGCACCUGCGGAGAUGGAGACUCGAUGGUGGGCGGCGGUAAUUCCGAGAAGAAGGCCGAAUACGAGACGAAUCUCUUCCUCUAUAGCGAAGAGAUGGAAGUCCGGCCUCGAAUCUCCACGCUGCUCAACAGCCUGUCAGACUAUAGCAACACGAUUCCAGCCGCGACCGAUCCGGAUGCCAAAACGCCACCUGUUCAGGGCGGAGCGCGAAUGGGCACCCUGAUCGGUGUCUUCCUCCCCUGCAUCCAGAACAUCUUCGGUGUGAUUCUCUUCAUUCGUUUGACUUGGGUCGUUGGUACCGCUGGCGCCAUUCAAGGUUUCUUCAUCGUGCUGUGUUGUUGCUGCGUGACGAUGCUGACGGCCAUCAGUAUGAGCGCGAUCGCGACCAACGGCGUGGUGCCAGCCGGCGGCUCCUACUUCAUGAUAUCCAGAAGCUUAGGCCCAGAGUUUGGUGGCGCUGUGGGGAUGCUCUUCUACACGGGUACCACCUUGGCCGCUGCCAUGUACAUCAUCGGUGCCGUGGAAAUUGUCUUGACUUACAUGGCGCCGUCGCUCAGUAUAUUCGGAGACUUCACCAAAGACCCGAGCAUCAUGUACAACAACUUUCGAGUGUACGGGACCGGCCUGCUGAUGGUAAUGGGCACAAUCGUGUUCGUCGGCGUCAAGUUUGUCAACAAGUUUGCCUCGGUCGCCCUAGCCUGCGUGAUCCUCUCCAUCGUGGCCGUCUACGUGGGCUUAUUCUACAACAUCUACGGCAACGAAUCCCUCAAACGAUUGGUGAAGGAUAUCAACGUGCUGGCCGACUGCAACAAGAACGUCAGCGGAGCUCUUCAUCGACUUUACUGCGGGAACAGCACCGGCAAGUGCGACCCUUACUACCUGGAGAACAACGUGACUAUCGUGAACGGAAUUCGUGGGCUGGCCAGUGGCGUGUUCUUAGAGAACAUAUGGGACAGCUUCCAAGAGGAGGGGCAGCUGAUCUCCUACGGAAGAGACCCGAAGGACAUCGACGUAAUGGCCACGUCCACGUUCAAUCAGAUCCAGGUCGAUCUCACCACUACCUUCACCAUUCUCAUCGGAAUCAUGGCUGGCUCGAACAGAUCGGGCGACCUGGCCGAUGCCCAAAAGUCAAUUCCCAUCGGCACGAUCUGCGCCAUUUUGACAACCUCGACGGUGUAUCUGUCGAGCGUGUUGCUGUUCGCCGGCACGGUGGACAAUCUUCUGCUGCGAGACAAGUUCGGCCAGAGUAUCGGUGGCAAGCUGGUGGUGGCGAACAUGGCCUGGCCGAAUCAAUGGGUCAUCUUGAUCGGCUCGUUCCUGUCGACCCUAGGCGCUGGACUGCAAUCGCUGACGGGGGCUCCGCGAUUGCUUCAAGCGAUCGCCAAGGACAGCAUCAUCCCGUUCCUGACACCGUUCGCCACCAGCUCGAGCCGCGGCGAGCCGACCAGGGCGCUGGUCUUGACAGUCCUCAUCUGCCAGUGCGGCAUCCUCCUCGGCAACGUCGACUACCUGGCACCCCUGUUGUCCAUGUUCUUCCUCAUGUGCUACGGCUUCGUGAACCUCGCCUGCGCCCUGCAAACACUCCUCCGAACACCCAACUGGCGGCCCAGGUUCAAGUACUACCACUGGAGCCUGUCCUUCAUCGGGCUGUCCCUCUGCAUCGCCAUCAUGUUCAUGACCAGCUGGUACUACGCGCUACUGGCGAUGGGGAUGGCCGGCUGCAUCUACAAGUACAUCGAGUAUCGCGGCGCCGAGAAGGAAUGGGGCGACGGGAUUCGCGGUCUGGCACUCUCCGCCGCUCGCUACUCGCUGUUGAGACUGGAGGAAGGGCCGCCUCACACGAAGAACUGGCGGCCGCAGAUUCUCAUCUUGGCCAAGCUGACGGACGACCUGGUGCCCAAGUAUCGGAAAUUGUUCGCGUUCGCCAGCCAGCUGAAGGCUGGCAAAGGCCUCACCAUCUGCGUCAGCUGCAUCGCCGGCGAUUACAUACAAAACACCGGCAAGACGCUCGCCGCGAAGGUGAAUCUGCGCAAAACGUUCGCCGAGGAGAAGGUGAAAGGAUUCGUGGACGUACUGGUCGCCAGGGACGCGGUGGACGGCCUCAGUUCGUUGAUCCAGACGACCGGCCUCGGUGGAAUGAAGCCGAACACGGUGAUCCUCGGAUGGCCCUAUCGCUGGAAACAGUCGCAGGAAGAGAGAAACUGGCGGGGAUUUUUGCAGACAGUGAGGGCAGUGGCGGCAGCCAGGAUGGCCCUUUUGGUCCCCAAAGGGAUCAACUUCUUCCCCGACUCGACGGAGAAAGUCGUCGGGAACAUCGACGUCUGGUGGAUCGUUCACGACGGCGGCCUUCUCAUGCUGUUGCCCUUCCUCCUCAAGCAACAUCGCACGUGGAAAAAUUGCAAAAUGAGGAUCUUCACCGUCGCGCAGAUGGAGGACAAUUCCAUCCAGAUGAAGAAGGAUUUGAAAAAGUUCCUCUACGACCUGAGGAUCGAAGCCGAGGUGGAGAUUGUCGAGAUGAUGGAUUCCGACAUAUCCGCGUACACGUACGAAAGAACGCUGAUGAUGGAGCAGAGGAACCAGAUGCUGAGGGAGCUGCGGCUCAACAAGAAGGAGUCCCUAGGAGUGGUGCAGGCGAUCGUCGACCAUCACCACAACGUGGACGUGAAGGUGGCCACCAAGGUGCGGUUCCAGGAACCUGGGAGCCAAAAUUCGAACAACGCGGUGGUGGACGAGGCGCAGGAGAAACUCGUGCAAGAUUCCGAGGGCGGCAAGGAGGCGGAGGAGACAGGAGAGGCUAACGAAACCUCGGGCGAUGAGGCGAAGGAGGGCAACGAGGAGGAAACGAAAUUGAUCGGCGGAUCGCCGAAACAGGAGAACAAGGAGAACACGGAGAAGGAGGCGAAAGAGAACGGAGAGGAGAAGAAAGCAGGAGAUGAUGACAGUCCGGAAUCGAAGAAACCUGCGAUUACACCAGACGAGGGCAACGUGAGACGUAUGCACACUUCCAUCAAAUUGAACGAGGUGAUUGUCAAAAAGAGCAAGAACGCUCAAUUGGUCAUACUGAAUCUUCCUGGACCGCCGAGAGAUACCAAAAUGGAACGCGAAUCAAACUGUAUCCUUUCUACGAAGAUCAAANNGAGGGUCUCGAGAGAGUGCUGAUGGUACGUGGCGGCGGACGAGAGGUGAUCACCAUCUACUCGUGAACUAGUUCGACUAGAAUCGAAGUAAUCGCCUCGCGACAGCGGACAGCAUCUAGUUUACUUCUGAAAGACCUAAGAAUACGACUUCACCCCACGGAACACCGGUGCCGUUCUUGUGCCAUUGUCUCAGCAGUCUUGUUACGCGUCGCGCGUCCCACGCCGCGCCUUGUGAACCAACAACACAUCUCCAUACACGUACACACACACUCACAGCCGGUUAAUCGACGAAGAGGAACGCCUGGAUCAGCCUGAAUCAAGCACGCUGUUUCCGCGGGUACGAAGUACUACGUGCCCGCUUCGAGAGAGAAUGAAAUGAUCGAAGAAAGACCGUUGGGAAAGAAAGAAAGAAAGAAAGAA